UCCAGGAAGCCUCUGCCCUAAUGGAAUUUGCAGGUGUGGAGAUGACCAUGGGCUGCCAGGGCCGUGGGGGACCGUUUGUUUUUUAGGCACUGCCCAGAUUUGCAAUUUCUUGUCUUCCCGGUGGAAUUUGGAAGGGGUCAUGAAUCAGACUGAUGCUUCUCGACCCCUAAAUUGGACCAUCCGGAAGCUAUGCCACGCAGCCUUUCUCCCAUCUGUCAGACUUCUCAAGGCUCAGAAAUCCUGGAUUGAAAGAGCAUUUUAUAAAAGAGAAUGUGUUCACAUCAUACCCAGCACCAAAGACCCCCAUAGGUGUUGCUGUGGACGCCUAAUAGGCCAGCAUGUUGGACUCACACCUAGCAUCUCUGUGCUCCAGAAUGAGAAAAAUGAGAGUCGCCUCUCCAGAAAUGACAUCCAGUCUGAGAAGUGGUCUAUCAGCAAACACACUCAGCUCAGCCCAACAGAUGCUUUUGGGACCAUUGAGUUCCAAGGAGGCGGCCAUUCCAACAAAGCCAUGUAUGUCCGAGUAUCAUUUGAUACGAAACCUGAUCUCUUGCUACACCUGAUGACCAAGGAAUGGCAACUGGAGCUUCCCAAACUUCUCAUCUCUGUGCAUGGAGGGCUGCAGAACUUUGAACUCCAGCCCAAGCUCAAGCAAGUCUUUGGGAAAGGGCUCAUCAAAGCCGCCAUGACAACUGGAGCAUGGAUCUUCACUGGAGGGGUCAACACAGGUGUCAUUCGUCAUGUUGGAGAUGCCCUAAAGGACCAUGCAUCUAAGUCUCGAGGGAAGAUAUGUACCAUAGGUAUUGCCCCCUGGGGGAUUGUGGAAAACCAGGAGGACCUGAUUGGAAGAGAUGUGGUCCGGCCAUACCAGACCAUGUCCAACCCCAUGAGCAAGCUCACUGUUCUCAACAGCAUGCAUUCCCACUUCAUCCUGGCUGACAAUGGGACCACGGGAAAAUAUGGAGCAGAGGUGAAACUCCGCAGACAACUGGAAAAGCAUAUUUCACUCCAGAAGAUAAACACAAGAAUUGGUCAAGGGGUUCCAGUGGUGGCACUCAUAGUGGAAGGAGGACCCAACGUGAUCUCAAUUGUUUUGGAAUACCUUCGAGAUACCCCUCCUGUACCAGUUGUGGUCUGUGAUGGGAGUGGACGGGCAUCCGACAUCCUAGCUUUUGGACAUAAAUAUUCAGAAGAAGGCGGACUUAUCAAUGAAUCUUUGAGGGACCAGCUAUUGGUGACCAUACAGAAGACCUUCACGUACACUCGCACCCAGGCUCAGCACCUGUUCAUCAUCCUCAUGGAAUGCAUGAAGAAGAAGGAGCUGAUCACAGUAUUUCGAAUGGGAUCAGAAGGCCACCAGGACAUUGAUUUAGCUAUUCUGACAGCAUUACUAAAAGGAGCCAAUGCAUCUGCCCCAGACCAACUGAGCUUAGCUUUAGCCUGGAACAGAGUUGACAUCGCUCGCAGCCAGAUCUUUAUUUAUGGGCAACAGUGGCCGGUAGGGUCCCUGGAGCAAGCCAUGCUGGACGCCCUAGUCCUGGACAGAGUGGAUUUUGUGAAAUUACUCAUAGAGAAUGGAGUAAGCAUGCACCGUUUUCUCACCAUCUCCAGACUAGAGGAACUGUACAAUACGAGACAUGGGCCCUCAAAUACAUUGUACCACUUGGUCAGGGAUGUCAAAAAGCGAGAAUAUCCAGGUUUCGGUUGGAUCUAUUUUAAGGGAAACCUGCCCCCGGACUACAGAAUCAGCCUCAUAGACAUUGGCCUGGUGAUUGAGUACCUGAUGGGCGGGGCUUACCGCUGCAACUACACGCGCAAGCGCUUCCGGACCCUCUACCACAAUCUUUUCGGGCCCAAAAGGCCCAAAGCCUUGAAACUUCUGGGAAUGGAGGAUGAUAUUCCCUUGAGGAGAGGAAGAAAGACAACCAAGAAGCGUGAAGAAGAGGUGGACAUUGACCUGGAUGACCCUGAGAUUAACCAUUUCCCAUUCCCCUUCCAUGAGCUAAUGGUGUGGGCUGUCCUCAUGAAGAGGCAGAAGAUGGCCCUGUUCUUCUGGCAGCAUGGAGAGGAGGCCAUGGCCAAAGCCCUGGUGGCCUGCAAGCUCUGCAAAGCCAUGGCUCAUGAGGCCUCUGAGAAUGACAUGGUAGAUGACAUUUCCCAGGAGCUGAACCACAACUCCAGGGACUUUGGCCAGCUGGCUGUGGAGCUCUUGGACCAGUCCUAUAAGCAGGAUGAGCAGCUGGCCAUGAAACUGCUGACGUAUGAGUUGAAGAACUGGAGCAAUGCCACGUGCCUGCAGCUGGCUGUGGCUGCCAAGCACCGUGACUUCAUUGCACACACAUGCAGCCAAAUGUUGCUUACAGACAUGUGGAUGGGACGUCUCCGCAUGCGCAAGAACUCAGGCCUCAAGGUAAUUCUGGGAAUUCUACUUCCUCCUUCAAUUCUCAGCUUGGAGUUCAAGAACAAAGACGACAUGCCCUAUAUGUCUCAGGCCCAAGAAAUUCAUCUCCAAGAGAAGGAGCCGGAGGAGUCAGAGAAACCCACAAAGGAAAAGGAUGAGGAGGACAUGGAACUAACAGCAAUGCUGGGGCGAAACAACGGGGAGUCAUCCAGAAAGAAAGAUGAAGAAGAAGUCCAAAGCAGGCACCGGCUAAUACCCGUGGGCCGAAAAAUCUAUGAGUUCUACAAUGCACCCAUCGUGAAGUUCUGGUUCUACACUCUGGCAUAUAUCGGAUACCUGAUGCUCUUCAAUUACAUCGUGCUGGUGAAGAUGGAGCGCUGGCCUUCCACUCAGGAAUGGAUUGUCAUCUCCUACAUUUUCACUCUGGGAAUAGAGAAGAUGAGAGAGAUCCUGAUGUCAGAGCCUGGCAAGCUGCUGCAGAAAGUGAAAGUAUGGCUGCAGGAGUACUGGAACGUCACAGACCUCAUCGCCAUCCUUCUCUUCUCGGUGGGAAUGAUCCUUCGUCUUCAAGACCAGCCCUUCAGGAGUGACGGGAGGGUCAUCUAUUGUGUGAACAUCAUAUAUUGGUAUAUCCGUUUACUAGACAUCUUCGGCGUGAACAAGUAUCUGGGCCCAUAUGUAAUGAUGAUUGGGAAAAUGAUGAUAGACAUGAUGUAUUUUGUCAUCAUUAUGCUGGUGGUGCUGAUGAGCUUUGGAGUCGCCAGGCAAGCCAUCCUCUUUCCCAAUGAGGAGCCAUCUUGGAAACUGGCCAAGAAUAUCUUCUACAUGCCAUACUGGAUGAUUUAUGGGGAAGUGUUUGCAGACCAGAUAGACCCUCCCUGUGGACAGAAUGAGACCCGAGAGGAUGGCAAGACAAUCCAGCUGCCCCCUUGCAAGACAGGAGCAUGGAUUGUGCCAGCCAUCAUGGCCUGCUACCUCUUGGUGGCCAACAUCCUUCUGGUCAACCUCCUUAUUGCUGUCUUCAACAAUACAUUUUUUGAGGUCAAGUCGAUAUCCAACCAAGUAUGGAAAUUUCAGAGGUACCAGCUCAUCAUGACUUUCCACGAGAGGCCGGUUCUGCCCCCACCGCUCAUCAUCUUCAGUCACAUGACGAUGAUAUUCCAGCAUGUGUGCUGCCGGUGGAGGAAGCACGAGAGUGACCCGGAUGAAAGGGACUACGGACUGAAACUCUUCAUAACUGAUGAUGAGCUCAAGAAAGUGCACGAUUUUGAAGAGCAAUGUAUAGAAGAAUAUUUCCGCGAGAAGGAUGAUCGCUUCAACUCAUCCAAUGAUGAGAGGAUACGGGUGACGUCAGAAAGGGUGGAGAACAUGUCCAUGAGGCUGGAGGAAGUUAAUGAGAGAGAACACUCCAUGAAGGCUUCACUCCAGACGGUGGACAUCCGGCUAGCACAGCUGGAGGAUCUCAUUGGGCGCAUGGCCACGGCCCUGGAGCGCCUGACAGGUCUGGAGCGGGCAGAGUCUAACAAGAUCCGCUCAAGGACCUCCUCAGACUGCACAGAUGCAGCCUACAUCGUCCGCCAGAGCAGCUUCAACAGCCAGGAGGGGAACACCUUCAAACUUCAAGAGAGUAUAGACCCUGCAGGUGAGGAGACCAUAUCCCCAACUUCUCCAACCUUAAUGCCCCGUAUGCGAAGCCAUUCUUUCUAUUCAGUCAAUGUGAAAGACAAAGGUGGUAUAGAAAAGUUGGAAAACAUUUUCAAAGAGAGGUCCCUGAGCUUACACCGAGCAACUAGCUCCCACUCGGUAGCAAAAGAACCCAAAGCUCCUGCAGCCCCUGCAAAUACUUUGGCCAUUGUUCCUGACUCGAGAAGACCAUCGUCGUGCAUAGACAUCUAUGUCUCUGCCAUGGAUGAGCUCCACUGUGAUGUAGACCCUCUGGAUAAUUCCAUGAACAUCCUCGGGCUGGGCGAGCCAAGUCUUUCAGCCCUAGCACCUUCCACAGCUCCUUCAAGCAGUGCCUAUGCAACACUUGCACCUACAGACCGACCUCCAAGCAGGAGCAUUGACUUUGAGGACAUCACGUCUAUGGACACUAGAUCUUUUUCCUCAGACUAUACCCACCUCCCAGAAUGCCAAAACCCCUGGGACACAGACCCUCCAACAUACCACACCAUCGAGCGUUCCAAAAGUAGCCGCUACCUAGCCACCACACCCUUUCUUCUGGAAGAGGCCCCCAUUGUAAAAUCCCAUAGCUUUAUGUUUUCUCCUUCAAGGAGUUACUAUGCCAACUUUGGGGUGCCCGUGAAAACAGCAGAAUACACAAGUAUUACAGACUGUAUCGACACAAGAUGCGUCAAUGCCCCCCAAGCAAUAGCUGACAGAGCCACCUUCCAUGGAGGUCUUGGAGCCAAGGUAGAGGACUUAUCUUGCUGCCACCCUGAGCGAGAAGCAGAGCUGAGCCAUCCUAGCUCUGACAGUGAGGAAAAUGAGGCUAGAGGCCGGAGAGCUGCCAAUCCAAUAUCCUCUCAGGAGGCUGAAAAUGCAGACAGAACCCUAUCCAACAACAUCACAGUUCCCAAGAUAGAGCGCGCCAACAGCUACUCAGCAGAGGAGCCAAGCAUGCCAUAUGCACAUACCAGGAAGAGCUUCUCCAUCAGUGACAAGCUUGAUAGACAGAGGAACACUGCAAGCCUACGACAUCCCUUCCAGAGAAGUAAGUCCUCCAAGCCGGAGGGCCGAGGGGACAGCCUAUCCAUGAGAAGACUGUCUAGAACAUCGGCUUUUCAUAGCUUUGAAAGCAAGCACAACUAAACCAUCUUACCAUGUGUUGCAGGAGGCUCGGGAACCCAGCACUAAAAUUCUCCCCAAUGUCCACCUUGUUCCCCCCUCCUUGAGUUAUACCUGCUUUAUUCUUAGCUGAGCAAAAACAAUGCCUUGGGAGACAUUAACUCGAAGGUAACCUCUGGGCCACAGAUCAAGCAAGCAUGCCAUCUGGCCCAGUGCCAAACACAGGGGGUUAAGGCAUGUUCACACUUGUUGGGAAGGGAGGGGUAAAGACAACAGAAAGGGGUUGGAAAUGAAUGUGUGUUGCCAGGCACCACAGAAAGCCAUGAGCUCUGGGGAGCAAAUGGGCUCAAGCACUCUCCAUGCCAGCAGGCAUCUUGGGAUUUCUGCCCUGUUAUCAAGAAUUGAGCAGACAGGGCUAAAUUGCAAAAUGAAAUAAAAGUAGCCAGCAUACGAGAUGAGAUAUUCUAAACUUCAAUUCUGUUUUCUUUUUCACAUUGGUUCCAUCACUGGUGACUGAUGAAGAACAUCCUUUUUAUUCAGUAUAAGCCGGCAGCAAGCAGUUCUACCUAACGUCCCACAUCCUUCUCAUGCCAACACCUCUGUAAUUGGUCAUUAUAAAGAAAAACAAGGUAACAGUCAUAUAUACAGUUCACCUGUCUCUUCUAUAUUCACUUCCGGUGCCACAACUGUUUAUCUCUUUAGAAGAAAAUAAGGGAACAGAAAAUGCCUUUUUUUUUUUUUUUUUUGGCCUUGCAAUCAAAAUGAAAGAAGAAUUGAGGUUGAAAGCAAAAGUCAUAUGAUUUAUAAUAUACCAUGAGCAAUCAAGUAUAGCCAAGUAAGCUCAGGAUGAAUGUAAUUAGAUAAUUUUAUAUUUUUAAGUUGUUUUGUAUCUCACCUGUCAUCAGUGAAUUCACUCAUCAAAUUUGUAAUAUUGAAACUUUAAGGAAAAAGUGGGAAGCUCUGACUUUAAAUUGCCAGUGGGAUGUUGUCGUAGCCUCACCAUCCAUAGUGUGUGAUGCUGCUGUGUGGCCUUCAUCAUUUGCAUGCCUCCGCUAUGUUCUCCGAACACCUUCAAGAUGUAACUGCCAAAUUUCCACACCACUCAUCACAUGACCAUUUUGUAUUUGAACACAUGGUUAUAUGUGGAUAUUUUCAUACCUAGAGUUUAGCCAUCUAAUCUGGGCUCAGCAUAAAUUUAAUCAGAGUUUUUCAAGGGCUGGUAUCUUUUUUAUGGAAAUGUUCCAAAGUACUUUUUAAGGAAGUUCAAAAACCAUAAUAACCUUAGACUUGACUAGGGACUUGACAUCAACCCAAAGCCAUUAGUUGCAGUCAGACCACGAAUAUGUUUCUUAUUUACAGAGCUAUAAAAAAGAUACAGUAGGCCAAAAUAGAAAGCAAAUAUGCAUUUACAGAAUUCUAUAGUUUAUGCUGCUUACAUAUAUAUACAUCCACAUACACAGACUCAUGUUUAUAUAAAGUAUAUGUACAGACACAGAGAAAUUUCUUAAGAGGCUUUGACUUCCUGUCACCUGAAGGUUAUAACCAAGAUUAUUUUUUUAAUAUACAAGAAGUUUUGCUGGAAAAAGUUCAUUAUACUAUUGGACCCACUGUUGGAAUUAUAAUUGUCAAAAAAAAAGUCUCUGUCAUCUUAAUCUACCCUUAUAUUGAACAAGAACUGUCAAAAUGGCUUCCCCCAUCCUCUGCCUCCUCAUGUUUGGAAGCACCCAUUGUCUCGACAACUUCUUCACCCUGGUUUCUCUGACACAAGCCUAUUACCACCAAAUGCAAUCUGAAUAGAGGUGUGAUUCUAAGACAGUUUGUAUUAUACAGUCUAGAAUGGAGGCAAAAGUUUCUAGAUUAGAAUCUGGAUUUGACAUGGGAUGAAGAAAUCUUGACAACAAAAACUUUGGAUUCCUAUUUGGCUCAUUGAACAUUUUAAAAUAAUAAAGUCUUUAAGAAAAAAAAAAAUGACUUGGAGUCAGGAGUAGUGGUGAUACACACCUGUGAUUCCGGCCCUUGGAAAGAAGAGGCAGGAAGAUGAGGAAUUCAGUGUCAGCCUCUGCUACAUAUCAAGUUCAAGGCCAACCUGGACUACAUAAGGCCCUGUUGCAAAAAGAAAAAAUAUGGAAGGAAAGAAGGAAGGAAGGAAGGAAGGAAGGAAUGAAGGAAGGAAGGAAGGAAGGAAGGAAGGAGGAAGGAAGGAAGGAAGGAAGGAAGGAAAUAAGGAAGGAAGGAAGGAAGGAAGGAAGGAAGGAAGGAAGGAAGGAAGGAAGGAAGGAAGGAAGGAAGGAAAACAAAGAGAGAAAGAAUAAAAAAAGCUAAGACUGGAGCUCAGUGUCACAGCACUUGCCUUGCAUCCUUAUAGCCCUGUGUUCUAUCCCCAGAGAUAAAAGAAAAAAGUGGGGGGAGGGAGGAAGAAUACAGAAACAAAAUUUAAUGUUCCUCGUCUCAGGAACUCCUUGUUUUUUGUUUGGUUUUUUUUUUUUUUUUUUCAGUGUAGCUGUAAACACCAAUGUGUGUGUCAUUGAGUGAAAUCAGGCCAAUCCACCACAAAACCUCUAGCCUUUAAAUAAUUUUUUUUUAAGAAAAAAAUCUUUUCAGCUGAAAAGAGUGGCAAGCUCACACCCAUAAAAAACCCUUUUUCAUCCUUGGUAUACCUCUUUAUUGAUAACUGUGCUGGAGACAAUUCCUUAUUGGUUGUCUUCCUCCCAACAGACAUGCUUUGAACCUGAAAAUAAAUCAUUUGUCUCUAAGCUUUCUUGAGCCAUGAAUCCCUGUGAGAACCUGAUGGAAACUCUGAGCCCUCCCAGAUCCCAAAUUCACAUCCAUGUGAAGCUUCAAUGUAACUUUAAGGGACUCAGGAUGCCUCUUGUUCCCCAGUAACUGGUGAGAAAAGAGACUGUGUUCAUUCAUCAUCAGUCAAGCUGGAACAGGCACUAUACACUUCUCUGUGGUUCUCAGGAAGGUGGAGUCUCAGCUCUAGGGUUUGAACCAAGGUCUCACUUCUCCUUACAUUAGAUAUGGUUAGCUAAACGUCCUCAUGCCAUAACAUUUUCAUGAUUUUGAGUAGCAAGCAUUCUCAAAGGCAGAGACUCUGAGGGAAUCCACAACGAAAUCCAAGAUGACACUAUCAACUGUGACCAUAGAGCAGGGUUCCAAGCACUCCAGGGCCUGUUUUGGGACCUCCUUGGUAGCGAGGGAGGGAAAGAACAAGCCUAAGUAUUUCUGUUUGCUAUGAUCACCUGAGAGAAAGAACAUGACCCAGGAAAGGAAAUAUUUAACAGUCUUGAGCUUUUGUUCUGCAUGAAAAUUAAGUGCUAACAUCUUUGGUGAAGUGUGUGAAAUCUAUAAGCCAAACAUAAACAACUUCAGACACAAACUGUGUAGGUGUCAUAGCCAUCUCCUUCCCAUGCACAUGCCUGUGUGUUAUUUUCAGUCCCAUCUCCUUCCAUUUCUGGGUUCUCUACGUACCAGUGUGGCGUUGAUUCUGUGGCCUUGCACAGACAGCUUGUGUUCAGCUCAUUUGUUCCACCAUGUCCCUGAUAGAAGGGACCUUAAUUACCUGCCUCUGUGAAUUAAACAGCUGUUCAGCCUGUUAUUGUAGACCAUACAUAAUAAAGUCAUUGAUGGCUCAAGGAAGAGAUAGCUUAUUCAAUCAUUUGCUUCAGAGGUGCCAAUUUUUACAUACUACGAUGUAUAAUGAUUUGUUCUAAAUUGUGUGCUUGUUCUUUUCGGGAAAGAAAUUAAGGAUGUUGUCUGAAAAUGGCCAUGAAGGUUUCCUGAUUGACUGCCAUAUUUUAUAUUUACAGUUAGAAACUGAUAGAUUUGAAUGGAAUGCUAGAAAGCAAGAGGAUGAUUGUCAUGGCCAGUGUGUAUUUCUGCAAGCCAAAAGGAGGGCAGUCAGAACGUGGCACUUUAUAGAACUGGGUGUUUCUUUAAAGUUGAAGCUUCCAGGACCAGUUACUAUUUAGCACUUUGAUAAGUCCCCCUUUAAAAAAAAUAUAUAUGUAUAUAUACAUAUACCAGAAUAAUGAAAAAGGGGGGGUGUACUUGUGAAAACACAAAAUGUGUUUCUUCUGAAUGUUACAAAUGUAUUUUAAAAUCUGGUUACUAUAGAUAAGAUUAUGGUAGAUCACUGGAUAGUACGUUUCUUUCUUUUUCUGCAUCUGUACAGUCUAACCUCCCUGGAUGUUUGGGCUGUUUGGUUUCUUUAAAGAUACUAUUAUCCAGUUAUCCAUCAUGCUAUAUCUAUAGGCUAUGCCAUGUGACAUGUUGGGCAAUGCUGUAUUAUAAAAACACAUGUAAACCUAUCUGUAACCUGUGUCUAACCCAGCAUAGUUGUAGCAUGUGGUUGUAUUAAUGAACGUUACAGGGCAGCUUUAUAAUCAUUUAUAAAUCUGUAACAUUCAAUAAAGAAGCACAUGUGUCAAGGAUUAAUUACGCUCCCAUUUCCAUGUUAUUUAGCAGCCUCCUCCGGUGAUGGGCAUUUUUGUUCCCGGUCUUUAUUAUGUUGUUCACAUUCCUCAGACCACUGUAACAUAUUUGUAUAAGCUGAUGUGUGUAUCCUCCUCCAGGCCCCACGAGCUGUGAGAGGCAAGGUGUGGUUCUGUGAUGGACAAGCUGGCAUGUUAUGCAAAAGGCUAUAUAACAAAUUAAUUUAAAUAUUUUAAAGUGCAGUUGGAUUAGCUGUCUGUUUACGUCUGCUGACCCCGUGUGGAAGCAGUGUACAGUAUUUUAUAAAUCCGUUCAGUUAGUAGCAUUGUCUGUUGUAGAUAAAGUGACGCUAAUGUUUAGGUGGCUGUAUAUUUGGCCUAGAUACUGCAUUCAACGCACUAAUUUUUUACAAUAACAAUGUGACUUGACUCAAGUAAUCCUUCUCCAAGCCCAGUCUUAACUUUGUGUCAGCACACUGCACGCUGUGCUUUAUGCAUUUCUUUUGACUUUUUAAAGGCACUUAACAUUUUAGCCCUGUCUUGCUACAGUACUUAAUCCAGAUAGCAACUCACUCAAACUGUUGGGCUUCUUAAAGUGGGAGCGACUUUCAGUUUUCAACAAUUGAAAACAAAUAAUCGAGGGUUCCUUUUCUUUUUCAAUUUCUUAAAGCUCUGAACAAAUAAUAUGAAAUAAAGUAUCAACUGCAAGUUGCAAUAGCUUGGGGACCCAGAGAUGGCAAACCAGCACCACUGUGGAGUCCCAAGGUCGAGGUGUGGGGGCAUGAAAGACACAUCUUGGAUUCUUUAGGGUUUCCUGGGUGCAAAUUGCUAAACCAGAGAUGAACGUCAAAGGUCCACAGUGACAGGGCAGAAACCCACAGAUCACUGUGAGCAAAUGAUCCCACGGUAAUGGAUGAGACCUCCUUUCUUGUCCUGUGGCCUUCACACCCUGUGGGUGAGCCAGGCCUGGAGGUGGGAGUGAGGUAAUGUUUGAUGAAGCACCAGAUGACUUUGAAAAGUUUGUUCUUUAAAGAAAUUGCCUUUCAGUUGAUAGAAGCCAUUCAACAUCUAGAAAGGAAUGGAUCCAAUUUGCACAGUCAAAAUGCUCCCAAAGUGAGCAGGGAAACCUUUUCUCUCCACCAGUUUUGUCCUGUGUCCUGUAUCUGCAAGCCAAGCAUCCUGUCCCUCAGAUUAGAGUCCAUGAAGGAGUUGGUUCUGACUAAAGAAGAGCAACUUUGUCAUUUCUUUUUCAGAUUUCAGAGGUAUUGCCUUUGCCCUUAUGGCCUCCUUGCACUGAUCAUUCCUAAUACAAUCAAGAUGUACUGAUUUCUGUGUGUCAUUUGAGAGGAGAUAUAGGUGACCAGACCAUCCAGAUUAAUCAAAAGAAUAACUGGUCACCUUCUGCUGGCAGCACAUGAUCCCCCCAUGGUGUUGGGGACUGGAAAGUGACAGGAAAGAAAUCUAUGUAGAUGCCCAUAGACUCUGGGACCUUCAAUGCCAGCCAUGACUCAAGGCCCUGGGGGAGGCAGAUUGCUGAAGAAUUUGAGGCACAGGGUGAGAUCAGUCUUGGGCCUGGGGACACAGCAUUUUUUUUUGUCCCCUUUCUUUUUUACUUAGUCCAAAGCUAGCUCUUUAUUUAUUUUUUCCUUGUGUGUAUGAGAGACUAACAGACUCGCCCAUUACCUCAUAUCCUUGUGGAGCCCCACACUAUAACCCCAAACAUCAACUACAUGGUGUUCUGAAUUUGACCCAGGUCUGAUUGUCCAUUUGACUUCUCCUCCUCCACCCAAGUUCCUAAUGUGGCUGGUGUGGACCUUGUCACACCCAAUUCUGAAUUGCCUGUCUGAAUCCUGAAAGGCUCUCUACAUCUUCACUAGCUUCCCACAAAUCCUCAGAACCAGUCAACUCUCUCUGUGAAGGGAUUGUACACUCAACCCAAGACCCAGAUCUGGAAUGCAAAGGAAUGGGCUUGGGAAAGACAAUGCAAGCAGGAUUUGUUAGGCAUGAGAACAUACCCAUCUCACAGAAAUAUUCAAAUUUGGGUGUUCAACUCCUGUACUAGCCACACACAUAUGUCUGCCAGCAGUAUUCCCAGUGACCAUGUUUGUGGGCCUCUGAUUUGGAGCCAAGCAGGGCCAGGUUCAUGAUUCUCACACAGUAAGCAAAUACAUCAAAUACACUCGAGAACAAGUGGGGAGAAGCAGUUUGCCCAACUAGGUGUGACUCCUGGAUGGCUUCUGUGUACGUUGAUUAGCAUUUCUUUCUGGAUUCAAACACAGGACCAGUGUGAGGGAAACUCAGGGGAAAGAUGUCAUAGCAUGUAAAGACUUCUCGGUUUCCUGUCACUGGAGCAUCUGACCUGAGUUUUUAUUGCUGCUACCACUGUGUAAGACAGUGUAGUCAGUAAACUCUCCUCACAGCCAUUUCAUAAUCUAGCACUUAGACUCUCACUUGUAAAUGCUCUAACCAUAGUUUAUAAUGGGGGGAAUUAUUCAGAUACCAUUUUUAAAUGAAUUCCUAUAAAUACAAUGAUUUUGAA